AUGGUCGCUGCUGACAUCAAACUCGUUCUCCAAUAUCUGCCCGACCUCGGUCCCCUGCUGGACGGCGAGCAGUCCAUUUGUCGUUUGUUGGAUGCCAUCCACAAUGAGCCGUGCUGGUGGGUCCGCAAAACCAAGGCAGCUGUUGCUGUCUUUCUUGAAGACCUCAGGCCUUGGAGCGAGCUACGAGCCGAUCAGAGACCUGCCAGUGGCGCAGAGGAGACAUUUCGUGCCGAUGUUCCUCCCGUUGAACAGGCUGACGUUCUUCCUUUUCGUUGCCACCUAUGCUCCUCUGGUUUCAGGCUGCGUAAGCACCUUGGUGCUCACCUUGCGCGUACUCACAAAGUCUGGAGCCCAUCGCGACAUUACACUUUGGCAGAGUACUGUCACAGCUGCCACAAAUGGUAUGGGUCUGCCUCACAAGUUGCUCAGCAUCUGAAGCAGUCGGAUGCUUGUCUCUGGCGGCUUUGUCACCUCUUUCCCCCCCUGGACGAUAACCAAAUUGCUCAGGUGGAAGGGGAGGAGAAGUCCAGACAGCGGCUCCUCAAGAAUGGACAUUGGAAUGCCUUUGUCGGAGUAGGGCAGCGAGCCCUCUUCUACGG